AUGCGGCGCUUCGAUCCCCCAUUGAGGAGUGUAGUCCUCACAAUACUCCUCCUCAUCUUCCAUGCCACACUGAUCUCUGGAACUCACCUCCACGGUAACCACGCUCGCGAUGGCAGCAAGACCUCCGCCGCAGUGGCAUUGGUAGAGGAGGGCCUCUCAGCGCUCAGCCGUGUUAACAAAGCCCGCGUCGAGAAUCCGCACUUCAACAAGUACAAGUUCCAAUCUGGCAAGAUAACUCCUAAGCUGGCAGCUGCUCUACAACCCUCGUCCAUCGUCAACAAUGGCACUACCCAAAAGCGCCAAAAUCAGGCCAACAGUACCACUGAGACAGCCGCCAAAAGCUACUCCAUCUCGCCCGAGCUCGCUGACGCUGCGAGAAUCAUGGCUGAGGCGACGCGGCAGGUCGCUAAGGGGAAUCACUCCGCAGUAGCUGCGACAAUGAAGAAGAAGUAUGCGCACAAGACGAACGACACGAACGUUCCGCCAUCGCAUAAGACACCAGAGGGGCGACUCUCAGUCUAUGGCGAUGAUCAUGAAGCAAAAUCCAAGCGGGCUAGUGCAUGGUGGAUGGUGGACAUGGGAUCGUCUGGGUCGAGUCCUUUUGCACCGGCUGGGUAUAAGGUCUGGCGUAAUGUGAAAGAUUUUGGUGCCAAAGGCGACGGCGUCACAGAUGACACGAAGGCUAUUAACCUCGCCGUAUCUUCAGGCGGGAGAUGUGGUCCUGACUGCGGGUCAAGCACUAUCUACCCAGCUGUUGUGUACUUCCCACCUGGGACGUACCUUGUUAGCAGUCCUAUUAUCCAAUAUUUCAACACGGAGUUCCUCGGUGAUGCCGUGCAGGUUCCAACCUUGCUCGCUGCGUCGAGUUUCGUAGGCCAAGGAGUAAUCACCAGCGACGUUUAUGUUAGCGAUAAUGUGGAGUGGUAUCUCAACACGGCAAACUUCUUACGCAGCGUCCGAAAUUUCAAAAUCGACAUCAGGCCUGCUUCUCCGUGGAGCUACCUGUGUGGCAUCCAUUGGCAAGUCGCGCAGGCGACGUCGCUUGAGAACAUCGAGUUUUACAUGCUAUACGAGUCCGAUGUGCCAGGCAACAAUCAACAGGGAAUAUAUAUGGAGAACGGUUCCGGAGGAUUUCUAGCAGACCUCACGUUUGUCGGUGGGCAUUUUGGGGCAUACUUUGGCAACCAGCAGUUCACGACCAGCCAUCUCGUCUUCGUCAGCUCAGUCAUUGCCCUACAAGUGCACUGGGACUGGGCAUGGACGAUGCAAGAUUUUGUCAUUGAGAGCUGCGGCACCGGCCUCCUCAUUAUCGGCGGCGCCGGCGGUCCGCAGUCCACUGGGCAAAGCGUCGGAUCUCUCAUUCUAGUCGACUCCAUCAUCGCCAACACCCCUAAAGGCAUCGUGACAACGCUAUUCGCCGACAACUCGACCUCGUUCCUGCUACAGAACGUCGGUUUCUUCAACACAGUCACAGCCAUCACCGACGAUACAACCGGCAAAGUCCUCCUCGCCGGCGGAGACCAGGUCGUAGUUGAUAACUGGGGUUUCGGGCUAGUGACCACCGCAACGAGCGGCGACGGGAAAACUUCCUUCGCUAACGGGGUGCGUAUCCCCGUCAUGAAGCGGAGCACGGCGCUGCUAGGUGAUGCGUAUGAUAAGAUGGCGCCGAACUUGUUUACGAGGAGACGGCCGGGGUAUCUUGAUGUGGCGGCUGGUAAGGUUAUGAAUGCGAGGACGUUGGGGGCUAAGGGGGAUGGGGUGACGGAUGAUACGAAGAUUCUCAAUUCGAUCCUUGAGGGCGCGGCGAAUACUUCGUCUGUGGUUUUCAUUCCGUAUGGGGUGUACAUUGUGACGGAUACUCUCCGUGUGCCAGUUGGAUCCCGCAUCAUUGGACAGGUUUGGUCGCAGAUUAUGGGAACUGGUGAUAUGUUCGCCGAUGAAACCCAACCCAGAGCCGUCGUGCAAGUGGGCAAGGCGGGGGAUGUCGGCAUCGCUGAGAUCACGAGUAUGAUGGUCACCGUCAAGGGCGCCACAGCAGGUGCCGUCGCCAUUGAAUGGAACGUGGCUGAAUCAAGCCUUGGGGCUGCCGGCAUGUGGGACACCCAUGUCCGAAUCGGCGGCGCGGUAGGUAGCGAUCUCUCAGUUAAGAACUGCCCCAAGCAGUCCGGGAUUAUCAAUUCCCGCUGUAAGGCUGCAUCUCUCCUAAUGCACCUAAAGCCUAAGUCGACAGCCUAUCUUGAGAAUGUCUGGCUCUGGACGGCAGAUCAUGAUUUGGAUUCGAAGACGCUAGAUCAGAUUGAUAUUUACUCUGGUCGAGGUCUACUUGUUGAGAGCGAUAAGGCUUGGUUAUGGGGAACUUCGGUCGAGCAUAAUGUGCUGUACCAGUACCAACUCUCCAACGCAAAGGAUGUGGUCAUGGCCAUGAUUCAGACGGAAUCGCCUUACUUCCAGCCAAUCCCUCACGCACCAGCCCCCUUCACAUCAGGACAAUUCCCCAACGACCCAACCUUCACUAGCUGCGUAGGCGGCUCGGCUCGCUGUGCGGUCUCCUGGGCGGUCCGCAUCAUCAACUCGGCGUCCAUCUACGUCCUUGGCGCUGGACUCUACAGCUGGUUCGAUGACUACAGCCAAGCCUGCGUGGACACCAACGACUGCCAGGAGCGCGGGCUCGAGAUCCAGCAGAGUAGCGACAUCUGGCUUUAUAAUUUAUGCACCAAGGCCAUCAAGGAGAUGGUCUCGCCCCUAGGGAGUACACCUACAUACGCCAAGGAUAACGUUAAUGGGUUUCUCUCCUCUGUCUUGGCCUGGCUCCAGGGAUCAACUGAUAUUGUCGGUGAACGCGAGUUCCCCGGGUACCGCGUGUGGUCGAAUGCCCUGCUCGACAGCUUAUACGGGCCUGUCUUGCCUGAUAGUUGCAGGAGUGCGCUGACCGAAGUUAUCGCGUGUGAUAACCGUACUGAGACGUAUCAGUCCCCCGGAAUUCAAAGCUGGCUCGGAACCGCCAACGAUACCAAUACUGUCUGCGCUGCUUCGUGCGGGAAGAGCUUGAAGAGCUGGUUCGAUAGUGUUUCGAUCGCUUGUGCGGGCUAUCGCGUUAACAAUGCUCUGCCUACUCUCCUCGGCGGUCGUAUCUGGAGUGGGUGGAAUCAGACCUGUCUUUUGGAUCCCAUAACGGGCAAGUACUGCGGCGAAGUUAUCGAUGGCUUCACCCAAGUUUCCAAAAUCCAAGACAUGCCGCCAAAAGAGAUGUGCUCCUACUGUUGGAUAGAACAUUUUGCCAUAAUGCAGCGCUCGCAGUUCUCUAGCUACGACACCUUCAUCAAGUCGCAACUCGAAUACACGCUCGAGCAAUGCCCAGUCGGCGGAAGCACCACGAUCCCCGACUCACCUCUCGACCUCCCCGACCCAUCGACGUACUGUCAAACCAACAAGAUGAUUGUCACCGCCGAGGGCGACACCUGCGACUCGAUCGCGGAAUCGCACAGCCUCGCCUCCGCAGCUCUCUACGCCGGGAAUCCCGACUCGAUAUACGACUGCUCCUCUAUCGCGGCAGGCACCUCGCUCUGCCUGCCGCCUGCUUGUGCGAUGACUUGGACUAUCAAGCCAGACGACACCUGCUCCUCGAUCGAAUAUAAUGUCACGGCGACCACACUGGUCUCCGUCAUCGGCAACGUACAAAUGUACAAUCGCUGGGUCGACCGCGACUGCACGAACUUACACACAGCUAGUGACGCCGCCUUCGGGCACGUCAUCUGCCUAGCGCCGCAGAACGGCGAGUUUGCCGCAAAUUCUACCGUCGUGCCAGGCGACACGACGAUCCCAGCUGACGCGCCGGGGUAUAGCCAUUUCAUCAGCCCCCCGCCAGUCGGGGCGACCGUCGCAGCCAACACGACCCUGAACUGCGGGACGUGGCGAGUGGCUGGCUCGGGGGACACGUGCAGCACUAUUGCAUUUACGAGCGGGACCACAAUCACGAUCUUUCUGGAAGUCAACCCCUCGCUCGGGACGGAGAUCGCGAAUUGCACUGGCAAGCUAGUAGAGGGUGUUGCAUAUUGCGCGUUGCCGUUUGUGGUUUGGGAUGAGAUCUAG